AUGCGCUGCUCCCUCAUGUGUCGCCGCUGGCUAGCCGUAGAGGCCACCUCCCACCUCCGCCUCACGCUCGACGCCAGGGCGUCGCUGCUCGCUGACUCCAUCCUCCCUCGCCUCCUCACGCGCUUCCCCGCCGUCUCCAAGCUCACGCUAAAGUACGACCGCCGCGCCGAGAGCGUCGACGAUUCGACCCUCGCACAAGUUGCUGACCGCCUUGGCCUAGGCCUUCAGUGCCUCAAACUCCGCUCCCUGCGUGCGGUCACUGACAACGGGGUCACCAUGCUCACCGCUGUGGCCGCUAACCUCUGCAAGCUCUCCGUCGGCUCCUGUGCCUCCGGAGUCAAGGGAAUCGAGGCUGUCCUCCGCUCCUGCCUCCACCUCGAGAAGUUGUAG